AUGGAGUUCCUAGCUUCACUGGUAGAGCACAACCUGAUUCACGAAAGUGCAGUCGAUAUCGCCCAAGCCGAGCGUGACCCGACUAGCCAUGGCAUUUUCGGCUACAAUCAAAGGAGCCUUGCGAAGCGGACGAAGUGGCAGCACGGUGUCAAGACGCAGCCCUGCCCGGUGCGGAACAGCAAUGUCACGAUGACUAUCCUGAACAGUUUCCAAGUUUUCAGCAUCCCAAACUACGACUCUCCGUACGAUUUUGAUAGCAAUCUACCGGAAACACCACAAGAGAGCGACGAUGAAGACAAUCCGUAUAUUCAUUUGACUCUUAUCCUAUUCCAACUUCUUAUCUGCCCUCUAGAUGUUGUUAUCAUCUGUACCGAACCCCUAACAGACGUGGACGUCUGGCUACCAUGA